AUGACGCCACCAAAGCAAAAGGCGACGAAACAAACUAAAUUAAAAAUAUUGCACCGUCGGCGGACAAAUAUUUUUGGUUCCGCGCAUUUUAUAAAAUCAUUUGACGACGAUUUUGAUUCGACUAAACUCGCACAAGUGCCCAUUCGCAUUCAACGUCUUGAUGCGUUAUGGCGAGAAUUUGAAGAAACUCAAGAAGAAAUUGAGCUUCUUGAAGAUGGAGAGGAAGAUUUUGCUGAAGAGAGACAAGAAUUUCAAGCCUUGUACUACGAAUUAAAGACAUCGUUGCAAAGUAAAAUUCCUGUGCAACCACCCGUACCACCCCCUGCUCCUGUUCAACCAAUUUCGUCCGCUAUUCCGAUUUCGUCGAGUGUUCGUCUGCCGGAAAUAAAGUUGAAGGAGUUCUCUGGGAAUCUCGACGAUUGGGUUUCUUUUCGCGAUUUGUAUGUCUCGCUAAUUCAUACGAGCAUACAACUUACAGCAGUUCAGAAAAUGCAUUAUUUGCGAGCUACACUUUCUGGCGAAGCAGCGCGAAUCAUUUCCUCGCUCGAGAUUUCUGCUAAUAACUAUCUCGUAGCGUGGAAGCUAUUGAAGGAACGUUUCGAAAAUCCUAAUUUAUUAGUAAAGCGGCAUGUUUCUGCCCUACUCAUGAUUUCUUCUCUGAAAAAAGAGUCUGCACAGGGACUAGCAGAUCUUGCUGACGAAUUCGAUCGUCACGUACAGCUGCUGGAUAAGCUCGAAGAUUCUGAGAACCACUGGAACGCCUUUUUGGUCGAACGAUUGAGCCAAUGUCUCGAUGCUGUUUCACUCCCAACCACCCAAUCCGAGAUCAAGCAUCUCAAGUCGCGAUCCGUCGUUGCGCAUGUUGUUUCCGAUAACGUGCCACUGUGUGUCAGCUGUAAGCAGGCCCAUUUCCUGUUCCAGUGCGAGCAAUUCCGAACGCUCUCUCCUCAACAACGCUUUGAAGUCGUGAAGAGGCACGGGUUAUGCAUUAACUGUCUCAAGGGAAAACAUCAUGCAAAGAACUGUUCCAGCGGGGCCUGCAAGAACUGCUCAAAGAAACAUCAUUCGUUGUUACACCUGCCACCUCUCUCGUCGGCUUCUGGUUCACAACCAGCGGCAACAGUCAAGCAGCCAUCAUGGACGAGCAAGUCCACUGUAACAUCCACUUCGCAGACGUGCCAAAUGUCGCACUUCGUUCCAGAUUUUAUCGAAAGCUCUCCGUCGGAAGAGCUCGUUGUUGCUUCACCACCUGGCACAUCGGGUCUUUCGCAGUCGUCGCGCGGUCAAACUUUUCCCAAAUCGUCGGUUUCGCGGGUUGAUUUCAUUCCUCCACCCACUGCCUGUCAGAGUGCAGAAUUAUUUACCCAACCUCGACAGUCAACAGUCAUUUUGUCCACGGCGGUGAUCAAGGUGAAGGAUGCUGAUAACAACUACGUUCUUACCAGAGCUCUUUUGGAUAGCGGUUCACAACCAAGUUUCAUUUCGGAAGCGCUAUGCCAAAGGCUUCGUUUGCCGCGGACAAAGCUGAAUUCGCCAGUCAGUGGGAUCGGACAAUCCGUUGUCAACGUUCGCUACGCUGUGUCGCUAUCGCUCGCAUCUCGUUUUGAAAAUUUCUCCACUCAACUAGAUUGUCUAGUAUUGCCGAAACUAACUGUCUCGCUGCCAAGUCACCACAUUGAUGUCUCUCGCUGGAGAAUCCCAAGGAAUCUUCCACUCGCUGAUCCACAAUUCAACAUUAGUCAAGGUGUGGACAUGAUUAUCGGAGCCGGACUAUUUUUCGAGCUUCUCGAAAACCAGCAACUCUUUCUUGCUGCUGGUUAUCCAACACUGCAGAAAACGGUUCUAGGCUACAUAGUUUGUGGAAAACUGGAGCAGCCCAAGACAAACGCCACUGGAACACAAUCCUGUCACAUCUGUGUCGAAGAUAGCCUUGAUACACAGCUUCAGCGAUUUUGGGAAAUCGAAAACUUCGAUGAUGGUAAGGCGCUCACUCCGGACGAAAAUUUCUGCGAAGAAUACUUCCAAUCCACCGUUGUCCGCGACAAUACGGGUCGUUACGUCGUUCGUCUACCGCUCAGGAAAGACAAAGUGUUGCUUCUUGGAGAUUCCUACCCCGCCGCAUUACGGAGAUUCCAGCAGAUGGAGAAAAGGUUCCUCGCCGAUGAAAAACUCCGUCAAGACUAUUCGGAGGUCAUGGAGCAGUAUGAGAGGUUGGGUCAUAUGGAGUUGAGUACCGUCGCGUCUUCUGGCCCACAGUAUUUUCUUCCCCACCAUGCUAUUCAUCGACCAGAGAGUACAACCACCAAGAUACGUGUGGUAUUCGACGGUUCGUGUCGUGGAGCUACCUCGCUUUCGUUGAAUGAUGCACUCUACGUCGGGCCAACGGUUCAGCCAGCUCUCGUCGUGAACUUUCGUCUACCGCUAUUCGCCAUAACCGCUGAUGCGGAAAAAAUGUUUCGACAGAUUUGGGUCCACCUAGAUGAUCGGAAAUUUCAACAAGUUCUUUGGCGUAAAAAACCGUCGGAGCCAAUCCGCAAGUACCAGUUGAAAACCGUCACUUACGGCCUUGCAAGUUCGCCGUUUCAUGCUGCUCGCAUCCUAAACCAGCUAGCUAUCGAUGAAGGACAUCGCUUUCCACUGGCCGUACCAGUUUUGCUAAAGGGUACUUACGUAGACGACGUUAUCUCCGGACACGACGAUCACGACACGAUGACGGAAACAUGCAAGCAGCUGAUGGAGAUGAUGAAGUCCGCUGGUUUCGUCCUUCGCAAGUGGGCUUCAAACCACAAGACGGUUCUCAGCAGCGUCCCAGAAGCCUUAUGGGAAACGUCCACGGAACUUGAGCUCGAUCGUUCGCAAGCCGUCAAAACAUUGGGGUUGUUAUGGUUCCCCCUGCGGGAUGUCUUUAAAUUCAAGGUCCCUGAGCUCCCAGACCUAGAGGUGGUUACCAAGCGUAUUGUCGUUUCCGAGAUGUCUCAGCUCUUCGACCCUCUUGGUUUACUCGGACCAGUAGUCGUGAACGCAAAAAUGUUCAUUCAAACUCUUUGGGCAGCGAAUAUGUCAUGGGAUUCUGAGCUUGCAGAAGAACCAGCAACAUGGUGGAAAAGGUAUCGUGCGGACAUUAAGAAGCUCAACUCGCUGCAAGUUCCAAGAAGGGUCGUAUGCAACACCAAACGUCAGUACUCACUCCACUGCUUUUGCGAUGCUUCGCAGAAGGGUUACGGAUGCUGCGUCUACAUCGUAUCAAAGGACGAGUUGGGCCAGCUCCAUUCACAUUUACUAACGUCGAAAUCUCGUGUCGCUCCUCUUCGUGGACAAUCAAUUCCGCGCUUAGAGCUAUGUGCAGCUCUCCUCGGGAGUCAACUGGUACAUAACCUCUUGACUAACACCGACAUCACUGGACCAGUCACGUUUUGGACUGACUCUACAGUCGCACUUCACUGGAUCAAAUCCAGAUCGAAUUCCUGGAAAGUUUUUGUAUCAAAUCGGGUCGCAGAGAUUCAACGAUUAACAAAGGAUUCACAGUGGAUGCAUGUACCGACUGAUCUGAAUCCUGCCGACCAUAUCUCCCGAGGAGUGCUUGCGAGCCAGAUCAUCAACGACAGUCUGUGGUGGCAUGGUCCACAGUAUCUAACCUCCCCCGUCAAGCUUUGGCCAAAGUGUGUGGUUUCAAUACCGAUCAAGUCGGACUUGGAGGAGGAGAUGCGCCCGUUGGUUUCCCUCCACCUACUGCAAGACAAAACAACUAUCUUCAGCGAGUUCUCAGAGUUAGCCAAGCUGACACGCUUCGUCGCCUACUGCUUCCGCUUUCGAAACAACUGCAAGCUUCCGAAAACCCAACGCGUGUUGUCCCCGCUGUCACCCGAGGAAUUUGACUACGCACUGAAGGCGUUGAUUCGCCUUGCUCAGCACCAGGAAUUCCCAACGGAAGUUCAUUCCUACCGUCAAAAGCAGUCCGAGAACGCUGCCAGGCUCGCACCAAAAUCACCGCUGAAAAACCUCAAUAUAUUUAUGGAUGAAUUUGGACUCCUUCGGAUUGAUGGAAGGCUGAAAAACUUAAACGCACCAUUUGAUACUUGUCAUCCGAUUCUGCUUCCAGCAAGGCACACCUUGAGCUUUCUCAUUGCCAAGUCCAUUCACCUACAGACACUUCACGGUGGACCGUCGCUGUUGCUCGCUACAGUCCGUCAACGAUUCUGGCCGCUCCGGGGUCGAGACUUGGCUCGUAAGGUUGUCCGACAAUGCAUCACCUGUUUUCGGUGCAAUCCUACAACAUCCAACCAAAUUAUGGCACCUUUACCAUCAGUUCGCCUCAGGCCAGCUAGAGCUUUUACGUACUCCGGGAUGGAUUACUGUGGGCCAUUCCUCGUUCGUCCGCUAAUUGGGAAAGGUUCGUCGGUUAAGGUAUAUAUCGCGUUGUUCGUCUGUAUGGUGGUGAAGGCCGUGCAUCUUAAGGUCGUCGCCGACCUGUCGUCCGCCGCGUGCAUAAACGCCGUCAAACGUUUCAUUGCCAAGCGCGGUCGGGUUCUUGAGUUGCAUUGUGACAAUGCGACCGCUUUCGUCGGUGCGGAUCGUGAACUACGGAUACUACGAAAGGAGUACCUGCAGCAAUUUCAGUCAACGAAAUGGGGAAACUACUGUGCAGGAAAUGGCAUCACCUUCCGUUUCAUUCCUGCACGCUCUCCGCAUUUCGGUGGCAUAUGGGAAGCAGGAGUGAAAUCGUUUAAGUAUCAUUUUCGUCGCAUCAUGGGACAAAAGGCUUUCACAAUGGAUCAGCUCCUAACGGUUGUAGCUCAAGUAGAAUCAGUCUUAAACUCCCGUCCACUCGUUCCUAUUUCUGAUUCUCCUGACGACCUUUCUGCUCUGACCCCAGGGCACUUUCUAAUUGGAGAGCCUCUUGUCUCUAUACCUGAGCCUGACCUGCUUCCCCAGUCCCCUAAUCGCAUCACCCGUUUGCAGGACAUGCAACGCUCGGUCCAGGAUUUGUGGCGUUGCUGGUCUCGGGACUACGUGAGCCAGCUACACCAGCGUAGCAAGUGGAGACGCCCGGCGGUGGACGUUCGCAAGGGUCAACUGGUACUACUGAAGCAAGAGAACUGCCCUCCGCUACAAUGGCCUCUCGGACGCAUAAUCGAAACCAUCCCCGGUCCAGACGGUCGAGUCCGAGUAGUGGUAGUCAGGACGGCAUCAAAGGACUACAAGCGAGCGGUCACGGAGAUCGCGGUUCUUCCAAUCGACUCCGGCGACGAGGAAGACAGCUCAGCAGCAACGUCAACUGGCGACGUGGUUGUUGGUUGA